AUGUGUCAAAGACUCAAAUGGUUUGGUCAUUACAUGCGAAAAACAGAAACCAAUAAUACGAGAGCAGCAAUUGAAUGGCAACCGACGGGUAAAAGAUCAAGAGGAAGGCCUAGAAAGCGAUGGAUGGAUGGAAUAAGGAAGGACUUAGAAACACUGGAAGUGACAAAUUGGGAAGAUAGAGUGUCGUGGAUUAGGCACCGGGACAUACAUAUCCUGACAGUUGGCGCGUACACGUACACCAGCGAUCAGAGAUUUCAAGCAAUCCACCACAGGUCACACUCGGAUCAAUGGACAUUGCACAUCAAGUGGGCUCAAAAAAGAGACGCCGGCAUCUACGAGUGUCAAGUGAGCACGCAGCCAGUGAGGAGCAUAUUUGUCACGUUAAACGUCGUCGACGAUAAACCGCAGCUCUCGGACAGCGAAGAUGGUCUACUAGACAUGAUGAUAAGAGACGGAGACUUUACAAAAGUACCGUCGGCUUCGAUAUCUGGAGGACCGGACAUACACGUUAACGAAGGAAGCACCAUCAACUUAACUUGCGUUGUGAAGUUUAGUCCAGAACCUCCGGCUUACAUCUUUUGGUACCAUUAUGACGAGGUGAUCAGCUACGACUCGGUUCGAGGCGGCGUGAGCGUGGUAACCGAGAAAGGUGACGUGACGGUCAGUUAUCUACUCAUACAAGACGCGGUGCAAGCGGACUCAGGAAAAUACUCGUGCAACCCGUCGAACGCGGACGUAUCCAGCGUGGUCGUGCACGUCCUAAACGGCGAAAGUCCAGCUGCCAUGCAGACCGGUUCGGCCGGCUUGUCCAACAGUUCCAUCACGAUACUGUGCGUGAUGAUCCUGAGCUGGACGUUCACUCGGACCGACGAUCAGCUGAGAUAAUAAACGCGUCCAUCGUUCCUGUCCAAAAACGAUUAUUAUUAUUUUAUACACGACACGCGUGUGUACUGUGCACCGUUGCACGUUCUAACAUUAAAACCUAAGGAAAAAAUAAUUAAAAUUAAAAUUAAAAUAAAAAAACCGAAAAACUCGUGCGGGCUCGAACAAACGCGUGCCUGCAUUACGCAAUGAUAUUCGUCACUCGCAUAUUAUAACUAACUAUGUACCAUAUGCCUAGUUCGUGUGGACCGUUGACGCGAUGAUGAAAAAUAUUUUAUAAUUUACCUUAAUAUAAUAUAUUAUUAUAUCACUCGUGCCGCGUUCUCGGCAUACUACAUACGUGUGUUUUUAGCAAUUAUUGUGAACGCAUAAAAAUUUAUAUUAUUACAGUUAUAUAUAUAUAUAGUAUAUUGUACAGAAAUUUUUUCCACGCCUAAGGGCGGUUUGUUCCGAUCGGCUUACACGUCCGCAUCGUUGAACAUCAUUUUUUCAUCGGUGGUUGAAGUAAAUGGACCCAUCGUUUUUUCCGUAACUUUUCUACAAAAAUAUUUUACAUUGUUUACUCGAAUGUACGAGAGUAUGUUAUAAUAUAUUUUAUGUUAACCAACGUUGUGUACCGUUUACCUGUACUGCUGCUUGUACACCUAUAUCGUCAUUUGUCGCCGCCACCGCAGCCGCCUGUUCAACGCUAAUUGAUGUAGUGAUAAUAAUUGUUCGGGCAUAAUCGGACAUUUCGCGUGUUCGUUUAACAUUUUUUUUUUUUUUUUUAAAGUUUACUGUCGAAUUAAGUCCGAACACGCGAGAAUUGUCGGAUGGUCCGGAAAAAAAAAAAAAA